AUGGCACCUACGUAUCUUGGAGUCGGAGUCAAUGUCAAUGACCCGGAUUUUCCGGUUAUUGUUCGUAAUCCACUCAAUGAUUGUGAAGAUUACUCCGAUCUUAACGAAGAUCAAAAUCCUGAUCUGGACAUACACAAUACUUCCAUAUUUCAACUGGAGCUCACUGUCAUACCUCUGCCAUCCAACAUUGGUGCAGUGAGGUGCAGGGAGUUAGGUCUCACCAAUCUCAUGAAAGAAGAAAUUGCCCUGCGAGAAGGCCAGGCCAAUGACGCACUCCAUGCCAUUAGAGUUCAUUUAGAAGAUAAAGCUGUUUUAUUCUGCAAUACUGUCCGGUCAGCCAAGUCACAGGCUUCAUCUACUAGGGCAUGGACUCGAAAAUACCUUCCUUUAAAGAAAGAAGACCUGAAAGCCAGCUCUGCAGUGGCCGAUCCAAAUGCACGUGGUCAGAGGGAUACCACUCUUUCAUGGUUCUGGUCCUUAGAUGUUCAGGGAGACACAUCAGAAAAUGACUGGAUGACUGAAUUUUACUGGGUUAAUUGGCUCCGGAGGAAAGCACUGCGCGAUCGCUGGAAUGAGGAGGUUAUUCUUGUCAAACAUGAAAUGCAGUGGUCAAUUAAUUUCUUCAGCCACAGAGCCAAGCAAUGGCUCUGUCACAUGCACAACACUACUUCUGCAGGGCUCACCGGACAUACAUGUUAUGCUGCCAGACAAUCUCACAUAUAUGACCAACUAGCAGCACAUGCAGAGGAUUCUUUUCGGAAAAUGAUCGUUCAGCUAGAAGUACCGGUGCCAGUGUGUCGGUCACACUAUAGCCUCACAUUCCUCUCCAUGGACAAUACUGUAACUCUCAUCCCCUCCAGCCAAGUCAUCAUUGCCGCUAAGGGCAAUCACAUCACAGCUGCAGAUAUCUCUUGUGCCUUAUUCUAUGCCAAUUCCCGGAUGCUGGCCAUGUGCCUGUAUGUUGACAAGAGUUUUGCCACUGCCAUACCUGGUUAUGCAGAGAUGUUCUACACCCUGAUGAAAUGGAAGAUGGAGACCUUUGCAACACCUUUCAUCAAUAUAUGUUUUAUCACCCAGUUGUCCGCUACUAUUCCUCAACUUCUCAAGGAUGUGCUCUCAACCAUGACUGCACACACAUUGGUUGACCGGCGACCGGAUGUCAAUGCCAUUUUGCAGGAUAUCUGGGCAUUGCGCCUUUCUGCGGAUUCAAACAAAUCCGAUGACUAUGACAUUGCUCAUAUGCUGGACUACUUCAAUGACUGGUGGAAGGAAUCACUUGGUUGUUGCAGGGUUUCAGAUAUGUUGCCCAAGUCAUCCGUCCAAGAUGUUAUGGAUUUGGUUGAAUGGCACUUUUCACACCUUGUCAGUCCAUAA